UUCUAGCAUUGGUGAGCUAUUUGUUCAACAUAAUAUGAUCAUAACAUAUGCCUCUGUUUUGAAACAGAAACAAACAACAACUUGCUCGCGGUUAUAUUGGCUAUUGAAUCUACUUCAGGUCCCCAUAGCUGUAGGAAUGAGUUCAUAUGAGGCUGUGCGUCUAUACAAAGGGAAGAGAAUCAUAGCAUCAAUGGGAGAUCAACAAACACAUUGGAGAGUGUUGCCUUUAAUUCUAUUUUGUGCUUGUGGCACACUUGCUGGCAUGAUUGCUGGUUUGCUAGGCCUUGGUGGAGGAUUCAUUUUGAGCAUAGUAGUCAAUCCCGGAUAGCGGCGCGGAGCGGCCGACCCUAAAACUGGGAUAGCGGGAUGACGCGGAGCGGGAUAACCGCUAUUUAAAUAUUAAUUUAUAUAUAUUAAAUAAUUAAUAAUAUAUAUAUAAAAGCUAAAAAAACAAAAAAAUAACUCUAAAUUCAUGCAUUAAACAUUUUUAAUAAUUAAAAGUUCAUAGUACUCAAACAAUACAUAAUAUAAAAUGUCUCCAAAACAAAGUGUUAAAGCUCUAAGUAAGUAAAAAAUUAAACAUUAUAA